AUGGCUCAAACCACCACCAUGAUCUUCCUCGUAGCUACAUUGCUAAUGGCCGCUACCAUUGUUUCAGGACAGAAACCACCUACUCCGGUGGCUCCUAGUCCUACAGUAGACGAAGCAAUGAACUGCGCGGCGGGUUUGACGGUUUGUGUUCCCACGAUUACUGGGGGAGGAACUCCAUCGCAGGAAUGCUGCACCGCCAUAGACAUAGCGUUGAAAACGCAAAUAACUUGUCUUUGUGGCUUUAUCAAAAGCGCAACGUUAGUGGUCCCUUUCAAUGUCACUGCUUUCAGUGCUCUUCUCUCCCAGAAUUGUGGAAUCGACACCGAUCCCAACUUGUGUUCCCAAACUUCCGCUCAAGCACCGCCUUCUCCGACGACAACAGCACCAAUUCCGGGACCACCCAAAGCCGGGAAGAAUGCUGCAAGCAAACUCGCUGGAACUGGCUUGGUCGGAAUAGUCUUGACCACGAUGGCUACCAUGUUGUAUUAA